AUGACCCUCGAGUACAUGGAUCCCACUCUCCCCCCCCUCGUCCCCACCGUUAACCCCAAGUGCUCCCUUGUCGUCCUCCGGCAAGACUUCGCCCACACCCUGGGCUUCCCACCGGCCUCCGUUGACUACUCCCCACCCCCCGACUGCCCCGCCCCAUGGUCUCGUGUCAUCAUGGAGCUCUCCGCCUCCGCCUCCGACGUCCAGAUGGACCGCAUCGCCGCCAUCUGGGUCGACGGCGCCGAGAUCCUCCGCACCAGCACCCCCCUCCCCAUGGCCCCCGGCGUCUUCUGGCACGUCCGCAAGGAUGUCACCCGCUACACCGCCCUCCUCCGCUCCGCCACCACCUUCUCCAUGAUGCUCGAGAAUUCCAACGCCACCCUCCCCGGCGUCUACUUCGUCAACGUCUCCCUCCACUUCUACCGUGGUGCAUUAUCCGAUGACGUCGGCCGAAACCCGAGCCUAAAACUACCGACAAAUGCGCACACGAACGAACAGUUAGGAAGUGGGCGGCUCUCAGCUCACCCAACCAUCAAAGGUUUGUACAGAGAGCCCGCGGAUUUAAUCAUUCCCAUUUCGAAUGAGCUCGGGGACUGCGGUCCCGGCUACUGGUUCAAGAUCCACAAUGAAUCUGACGUGCAACUGACCACUGUUCUAAUCCCCAACAAUACCUACCGCGCGGUGCUCGAGAUCUACGUCUCCCACCACGGGGACGACGAGUACUGGUACGCCAACCCGCUCCGCACGAACGGCCCUCGCGGCGGCCUCAUGAUGUCCCCAUCGAGCAAGGCGAACGGCGGGUUCCGCCAGGUGGUCGUCACGAUCGACAAGCGCUUUGCCGGCGCGGUAGUUCCCUUCCCUGUCAUAUACCCCGGCUCGAUCAACCCCUUCUUCUGGGUGCCGGUCGCCGCCAUCGGCGCCUAUGACCACCCGUCCUACGACCUUGACCUCACACCAUUUGUCGGGAAAUUGCUCGACGGACCAGAGCACCAUUUCGGGCUGACCGUCAGAGACAGCCAGCCAUACUGGCUCAUGUCGGCUAACCUCCACCUAUGGCUCGAUGCAUGGUCGGACGGCGUCGAGGGUGCAUUGGUCCGGUACAAGGUCCCACCGCUGAAGCUAAGCCGACAGGCCGACUGGAGAGAGCGAGACGGCAAGUCCUCGAUCGACGGGCAGGUGAUCAUCCGGUUCUCUGGCUGGGUGAGCUCAUCAAAAGGGAACAUUACCACGAGCAUUAAGCAACGGCUAAAGUUCAAGAGCCGGGUGGAAGUCCAUCGCCAGGGAUCUAUAAAACAAGCAUCAAUGGAGGUGAAGUCCAGAACAAACGUGAGAACGGAGAAGAACCACAAGGUGAUCGGAAGGGUGCAAGUGGACACGGUGGCACCGCUGAUGAUGGAGACGAUGAGUUCGAACGGUGGCGGGGGGUCGGUGUUCGAGAAGACGAAGAUGUACCAUGAGUUACAGGAGACGACGAGUGUGGCGGUGGGGAAGGAGGUGGCGUACAGCACGAUGAUGGACCGGCAGGAGUCGGAGGGGUCGGCGCUGAUGGAGGAGGGGGUGGCCGUGUGGGGGAGCGGAGACACCAAGUCUACUUACAAGUUUAGGGACGAUAAGGCUUGUUAUCUCCGGACGGUGGUCAUGGUGGGCGGAAGGGUUAGAGAUGACGCGGAGACGGCUUCAUGCGUGUCGGUCUCGGACUUGGAGCUGAACCAACCUACGAGCCAGAAAUGA